AUGUCUCCGGUGGUGGACGAGACAGCGGGGGACGUCCCUGUGCGAGAUGUAGGUCUGAGGGGAGGACUGAUGCCAGCUGUGCCAGAUUCUGUCCGAGAUCCUAAAGCCACGAGGAGGCAUCAUCACUCCAGGACAAAGAUGGACCCUCAGCGGGUAUUCCGGGCUCCUCGGGACCAGCUGGAGGAGCUGUGUCUGCGGCUGCAGGAGGAGAACAGUGUGCUCAAACAGCACAGCCGCUCUCAGGAGCAGAGGAUCAAACGGAUGUCCACCAGGCUGUCCCGCGCUCGGCAGACCCGUCCCAGCUCCAGUGGGGCCCGGGAGAGGGACCUGGAGGAGACCAUCCAGGAGCUGGAGGCCCGUGUGGCUCUGCUGGAGGGACAGAAGCAGCUGCUCCACAACCGCCUGAGUCUGGCCAAGCAGCACCUCCUGGAACUGGGAGGACCUACACUGCGCUACGGCAAAGUGAGGAGUUUUGAUGGAGAAGGAGGAGCCCGCAGAGCCACCCACACAGCCCCCGCUCGCUAUGGCCCUGCUCUGGACCACUCUGACAGACUUGGCAGCAGUGGGGCAGAGCAGCUGCGGAUAGCCCAGUUGGAGCUGACGGCGCAGACACUUCGGGACACUCUAAGAGACAGGGACAGAGACAGAGAGCUGCAGGACAUGAGGAGGACACAGGCCCUGACACACAGAGAGACGAUCCGAGAGAACGUGGAGCUGGUGCGAAUGCAGAAGCAGCUGACAGACAAGAGCACAGCUCUGAGACUCACAGAGGAGAGGCUGGCCCUUCUGCAGGAGGCCUUUGAGAAACAGCUGCAGGAGAGCCAGCGCUCUCUGGAGGACAGUCAGGGGUCUCUACUGCUCCAGUUGGAGGAGCUGAGGGGACAACUGAAGGACGAGAGACAGAAGACAGUGGAGUUGGACGGACAACUGUCCUCAGCCUCUGUGUCCCAGCAGACUAUCAACAAGUUACAGGAGAGAGUAUCUGACCUGGAGGGAGAACGGGACCUCAUCAAACAGAACUACGACUCUUUACUGCAGAGAACAUUCUCAGGUCCACACAAAGCUCUGGAGCAGUCCCACAGAGAGAAGAGGGAAGAAUCAAACCAGCAGCAUUCAUCUGAGCUCCUCCUGCUGAGAGACGCUCUGCAGAGGGAGAGGGAGAAGGUCUGUGGACUGGAGGAGGACAUGGACACGAUGAGACAGGAGGUCCAGCAGCUCCAAGAGGACAAACACAGGAGGACGGAGCAGGAGAAGCAGAUGGUCGGGGAUACAGGGGAGACUCAGAAGCUUCUGGAACAGCAGAUUGUCCACUACAAAGAGCAGGUGUCCACUCUGCAGCACAGACUGGACUCUGUGGCCCAGGCAUUUGAGAUGAAUGUGGAUGAGCUGAGUGAGACACUCUUCCAGAUCAAAGAGUUCCGGGCACAGCAGGAGAGCAGGGCACAGCUUGGGUUCCUCCGUUCUGAGGGCCCACUGGAGCAGAUUCCUCUGGAGAUGUCCCAGGUGCAGGCCUCACACGCAGAGACCGUCCUGGAGCUGCAGAAGACCAGGGAGCUCCUCAGACUGGAGCACAACAUCUGCAAAGACCUGCAGGGGGAGCUGAAGCUGUUGGAGCAGAGGAUGGACAGAGAGAGGGAGGAGAGCAGGCGGAGGAGUAGAGAGAAGGACCAGCUCCUGUCCAAACGCAGUCUACAGAUCAGCACUCUGCAAGCUCAGCUUAAGGAGUUGGCCUACAGCCCCAGGAACUACAAGAGGACCCUCCCUUUGCAGUACACGUGGCCCGGGGUGGACCUGGAGACAGUGCAGCCGCUGGAGGACGACCUGGUGUUUGCUCAACUCAAACCGGGAGAGUCUCUGCUGGAGGUGCACCUGCAGAGUGUGACAUUCACCCCAUGGGGCCUGCGGGCUCUGGGGGCCUUGGCUCCACAGCCGCAGGAGGAGGGUCCCCUGGAGGACGUGGUUACCUUCUGCACCUACAGUCUGUUGGACUUCGAGCUGCACUCUACCCCCCUGGUGUCUGGGAGCCAGCCCAGCUACGGCUUCACCUCACGCUACGUGCUCACUCCGCGGGACCUGGAGCGGCUCAGGGGCUCUGGAGGAGGGGCCCCUCUGGAGCUGCACCAGGCUGUGGGAGGGGUCCGCUUCGUCACACACGGAGGGGGGCGUGUGAGUCUGCAGGGGGCGCUACAGAGGAGAGGAGAGCGCGUGGAGGGACGAGUAAACAUCACAGGUCCAGAGGGGGGCGCUGUGGGCGUGCUGGACUUUUGGGCUCGGCUCCACACUCCUGCUGAGCCUGUGGAUUCUGGGCCCAGGAGAACAUAUGGGAGACCCUCACAGAAGGUCCCAGAGCAGGUCACUCUGGGCUGGCAGGAGAUCUCUACUGAGGAGGUACUGGACCUUGACGUUGGGGUUCCUAAUGAGCUGCUGGUGAUACUGGAGCGCUGUGUGGGACUUAGCUCUCGCUGGCCUGGGGUUCUUCCAGAUGCCUACCUGUCCUACCGCCUGUACGACCUGCCGCCCCACGCCUCCCCCACCGUGCCCUGCUCCGCCGACCCCGUCUACAACCACUCCACCUGCUACCCCCUGGCCGUCACCCAGGACCUGCUCAGCUACCUGCGGUGCAGCAGUCUGUGGGUGUAUGUGUUUGAUGACAGUGAGGACCAGGUGCCCCCUGUGUACCUGGCUAAGACCCCUGUGCCCCUGCGCGCCCUGACUCUGGGCAGGGACAUCCGCGGGGACUACGUGCUGAGGGAUGCAGCUGGGGGCCCUCGGGGGGUGGUCCGGGUCCAGAUCAAGUGGAAGUACCCAUUUAAAGCUCCGUCUGAAGAGCCAAAGGACAGAAGACCUGAGCAGGAGGAGGAGAGGAGGAGAGUGGAGUCUAUCAGCGCCCACAAACCCAUCGCCAAACCCAGAGUCAAGGUCACACCUCCCACCACACACUCGGGACUGCUCUGUGUUAUUCCGAGCCCUCCACUGAAGCAGAGGAGUGCUCCUCAGCUUGUGGUCCCAGUGGAGACCCCCAGAGAACGGAAGAGGUCCUCCAGGAUGGGCCCUGGUCUAGAGCCCACUCCACACAGCAGGCGCUCUCCCUCCAGUUCUCCCUCCAGGGGGCGCUCUGCUAGAACCUCAAGGAGAGACACACCUCCUGCUCCUUCUCCCUCACCUCCUCCUCAGGACCAGGCCUAUGUGGAGCAGGACUCUGGGGCUGAGCACAGAGAUCACCCUGACACUGCUGAAGAGCCUGUCUCUUCCGUGGUCUCCGAGUGCAGCUCCACACACAGUGAUGAAGUGGUCGUACCUCCAGCCCGCCGCCUGCACCAGGGGCCCAGGCUCCGAGUGGAGAUCUUGUCCCUAUGCCUGGAGCCUUGUGCCCCUGUGGCUCUGGACAGGUCUGUGCAGCGUCUGUUUGUGGAGUACCGCCUGCUGGGGGUCCCUCUCCACUCCACCGAGACCCCCAUGUCCCUGAGGAAGCCCAGCCGAGGAGAGGAGGUGCACUACAACUUCAGCAGAGUGAUCUAUGUGGACGGCACCCAUGCAGCUCCUCUGAGACACUACCUGUUCACCAUGCUGGAGGGAACAGACCCCCACCAGGGCAGGUUGAAGUUUACAGUGGUGAGUGAGCCCAUGGACGAGGAGGACGAGUGUGUGGACGUAGGGCAUGCCUUCCUGGACCUUAGGGCCCUGCUGGAGACCGGGGAGGACGUGCUGGAACGAGACAUCCAGAUUGUGGCCAUAGACGAGGACAAAGAGGACAAAGAGGUGAUUGGACAUCUCAAAGUGUCCCUGGAAGCAGCAGUGGCUCUGAGCGGCAUCUACAGAGAGUUCCAUCAGCACACAGAGGAGGACAAGGAGAACAGAGACAGAGAAGACAGGAAGGACAGAGACAAAGAGUCGCUGAAAGUCACAGAGUUUGACCAAGACAACAGACUAGAUCUUCUGUUUCUAGAUCCAGAUGUGGUGGGGAUGUCCACUCAGCUGCAGAUGUGGCGAGGCCGCGAGCAUGUGUUACUAACUGACACUCUGUAUAAGCUGGUGGCCUCCUUUUGUGGGUCUCUGGAGGACACAGGCAGGGAAAAAAGUAUUGGCGCUAGCAGUGUGUCUUGGUUGCCAGGUGAUGGGAGCGGCUCCGUAGACUACACGUGUCCCAUUUCGGCAACACUCUUGCAGUCUGUGGAGGCUAGUUCGAGGGCUGCAGGCUUCGCUGCAUCAGGACCGUGGAGAUGA